GGUAAAAUACAGGUAUGGCCGUUGGUAGCAUCGCAGAACUCUCACCUCCAAAGUGGUGUACUAACCUGCGAAAGCCGCGAUCCUGGCAUCCUAUGCAGUCACUAGGUUCGAAAUUGAAGAAAUUCAUCGGAGGGGAGCGUUUCCCCAUCCGUGGUCGAACUCUGGAAGAUGUGGACGAAGUGAUAAUCAUAUCUAGAUGUUCUGCCAAGAAUGGGGUAUCUGAACCCAUACUAGGCUUUCAACAUGGCCCCGAGAUCUGUUGUAGAUCCUCACAUGAUACAGAGCGACAAGAGCGCAGAACACGGACCAGGGAUUUGUCUCAUCCACGAUAUUCAACACGAGCCGAAUCAGGCGGCGAAAGGUGCGUGGUGAAUUCGUGGUGUGAAGCUUGAAUGGGAGAAUCCCGGUUACGCUUUGAAGGCGAAUUCUCUUGAUUUCUUGAUAUGGAUAGCCCCUCGUGCAAUUGAAUGGUGAGGACCAGCAAACAC